UAUUAAAUGGAACUUCCCCUUCAGAUAUUCACUCAUACAUUAUACCUUAGUUAUUAGCAAUUUUCUCAUUCUAUCAUAGUUUAAUUUCUACACCAGCUGAGGUCAAGUUGGUGACUAGUUAGCUCAAGAACAAACGUUCAUGGACAAGAAAGGUGGUGGAAUGGUGAUCAUGGAACGUGCAGAGAUUGACACUCGUGCCCCAUUCAAGUCUGUUAAAGAAGCAGUUAUGUUGUUCGGAGAAAAAGUACUAGUUGGGGAAAUUUAUGCCAACAAGCUCAAAGAGAUGCAAGUUGAAGCGAAUGGAAGUGGGAGUGCACAAACCAGAGGUGGAGCAUUGGCAACUGAGCUGGAAGAAACAAAGCAAAGUCUUGAGGGAGCAAGAGAAGAAGCUAGCAAUUUGGUUCAACGCAUCAAGUCCCUGAAAAAGGAACUGGAACAAACGCAGAAAGAACUAGAAGACACAAAAGCAAGAGAGCAAAGGUUGCUGCAGCGACGGGACGAUCCGGAGAUUGAAGACCUCAAGUUCAUUGCAAAUGCAACAACAACCAAUAUGGAAAUCAAAACUCAAAGCAGUGAUGAGGAGAAAGCAGAAGAGUUCCAAAAAAGAAGAUAUGUGAAAUUCGCUAGUCCUCAUGCACUUGCUCAAGUUAUCCCUAACAAGGGUGAAUUGCUUGGGAGACCUCCUUCUGUUAAGAAGCCAAAGAGGAAGCCGUUGAUGCCUUUGAUAGGAUGGCUUUUCUCUAAAAAGAAAGGGAGCCAUGAAGUUGACUCUCCCAGAGCCUAAGAAGUUCCUCUGACCUUCUUAGUUGGCUAACUUGCUUCUAUUUUCUUGAAAUUUUCCUUAAAUAUGUGUCUUGGAGUGUCCUCAAUUUUCAGAUUAAUAAUUACAUGUUAAUUUUCUCUGUUUAUGAAGAGAAAGUUGGCCCCUCUCAGUUUUGUAAAUUUGUAACUCGUAUUUCACUUACUGAGCUGGCUUCUGUUGGAGUUUGCUGGGUAGCAUAAGAGAUUUUGGAACCGUAUGGAAUCGAACCAGAGACAAUAAAGUGCUUUUGUGUAUAGUGUAUACUGUAUAAACUACAAAGUAUACUCAGUGAAAUAUACCACUUGGAUA